AUGCCCCUCAAGGAAGUCCACAGAGAAUACCCCCUCAUCGACGCCGACCCCCACUUCAAGAGGGUCGUCAGCUACAUGCGACCUAGCGACUAUGGAGUGUGGGCGGGCGCGACUGCUGCUGGACCGGGGUUGCUGUAUCUGUAUGAACGCGUCGCUCCCACAUUGUCCAACCCCGCCAGCUUCAAGGGUGCUCUCCGAGUCAGCGGUAUCCUCGGAUUCAUGGCCGGUUUCAUGCUCUCAUACCAGAACUCUUCUUUGAGAUUCUGGGGAUGGAGAGAGAACGCUGCCGAGGUCGCUAGGGAUCAGGCCGAGCUUUCUCAGCUUGCCAAGGAGGGCAAGCCUCUCUAUGGCGAGAGUCAACUGAAUCCUUAUUUGCAAGGUGUGGGGGCGAGGAAUUCUACGUGGUCUCAAUUGAAGUUGGCCGCUUUCCCUUGGUGA